UAUUACAUUUUAAUCUGCGGUGUAUUUCCGUGAAUUAAGUAGUAAAAAACCAAAUUAAAAAAAGGUUUCUUAAUUUUUUGAAGAAGCGUAGGCGGCGUAGUUGUAUGCCUAUUACCGGGGCCUUCAAAACUAUUUUGCCUGUCAAUAACAAUGUGGUGUAUGGGUUGGGUAGAUGAGACAUACAUUGGGUAACAGGUGAAAAUGUGGAAAGUCCCUGGAUCUGAAACUUUCUAUUUUUAGUUGCUUGAGGUAAUGGAUCGUGGCGGUUCACAUAAGGGCUAUGUACGUACAAAAAAUGACAAAACAGGAUCUGAAGUUCGGAAAAGAUCAAUCGAGUUGGAACAUGUGACGAAUAGAAGAGAGGGGCAGUAUAAUGCUGCUCUAGAUUCUAUGGAAGAUGGUACAAAUGAAUCUCUAGUAAGUGGGUGCCAAGAGGAGAAAUUUGUUCAAAGCAAUAGCACAAAAUUAACAGGCGCUAAGAAAGACCUCUACGACCAUAACCCAACCUUAUUCUUUGAUGAUGGUGUCCGAAAAAUUGAUUUUGUACUAGUGUGGGAUGAAUUAAUACCUUCAAAUAUUUCUGAGCAAGCUGAUUUCAAGAGAGAUGUUUUUGAGAAUAACCUAGAAAAAGAAGGACUUCAAAUCGAAUAUGUGGAUACCCCUGGAGUUUCACUGCAUUUCAUUAAACUGCAUGCUCCUGAUGAAGUACUCAGACGUUAUGCAGAAAUCUUGAAACUCAGAAUGCCAAUGAAAAAGGUGGAACAAGAUGUGAUCAACUGUGUUGGUUCAACCUCAAUGGAAUUCUUGUUAAAAAUCCCAGGAAUGUUACAAUUCCAUAAUGCAACCAACGAAAUCGUGAGUGAAGUGAAAUCUGGUUUCGAUCGUAUACUAGAUUACUUUCGGCCAGACCCCCUUUUAUUCCCAGUGAAAUCACAACGUUUUUCAGCUGUCUACAGUCGGGAUAAAGAAUAUCUGUUUAACGCGGAAGAUGAAGAUUUUUUUACAUCAUCCAUUCGUUCGCGAAUUGUAGACUUCAUUCUUAAACGCAAGCGCUUCAAAGAAGAAAUUGACGAUGAAUUUGCUUUUGGUAUCGAACGUUUGCUGACUGAAGGAAUCUAUUCAGCUGCAUAUCCACUGCAUGAUGGUAGUGAUCAUGUGGAGGGUAAUUUGCGCAGUCUGCUGAGAACCGAGUGGACGGCCUUAAACAAAUUACAUCGCUAUCAGCCAUUGGACUAUGUUAAGGAUUACUUUGGCGUCAAGAUUGCAUUGUAUUUUGCAUGGCUUGGUUUCUACACGCACACUCUUCUCUUUGCUUCCGUCGUUGGAUUACUUUGCUUCCUAUUUAGCUUCCUGUCUUUGCAAAACAACAUCCCCAGUAACGAAAUUUGCUCGGGGCGAUUCAAUGUCGUCAUGUGCCCCAUCUGUGACUAUUCGGGCGAUAACUCUUGUGAUUUUUGGUACCUUUUUGAAACGUGCUUACAUUCAAGAGCCGCUUACCUUUUCGACAACGGAACUACAGUCUUUUUCGCCGUCUUCAUGUCCUUUUGGGCCGUUUUGUUUCUGGAAAUGUGGAAACGUUAUUCUGCCGAGAUCACUCAUCGUUGGGAUUUGACCGGUUUUGAUCACCAAGAAGAACAUCCGCGGCCGCAAUAUCUUGCACGUUUGGCUCACGUCACAGCCAAAAGAGUGAAUGUGGUAACGCAAACACUGGAACCACGAGUACCGUUCUGGCGAAUCAAAUUUCCAGCCGCGCUCUUGUCCAUAUCUUUGAUCCUUCUUCUCGUCUCAAUGGCAAUGGCAACUGUUAUUGGAGUCAUUCUCUACCGCAUGUCACUGUUGGCGUCGCUUUCUAUUCACAACGAUCAGAACAUUACAGCCAAUGCUAUGCUGAUAACAACUGCCACAGCCGCCUUCAUUAAUCUUUGUUGCAUCCUGCUUUUCAACAGAUUCUAUGAAAAAAUCGCCCUGUGGCUUACGGAACAAGAGCUUCCUAGAACUCAAAGUGAAUUUGAAGACAGCCUGACGUUGAAGAUGUAUCUAUUACAGUUUGUUAACCAUUACGCUUCUAUCUUCUACAUCGCCUUUUUCAAAGGCAAAUUCAUCGGUUAUCCGGGAAAGUACAACCGUUUCUUCGGAUUUCGUCAAGAGGAGUGCGGCACUGGCGGCUGUCUUGUGGAAUUGUGCAUCCAACUUGCCAUCAUUAUGGUUGGAAAACAGGCCAUGAACACCUGCAUGGAAAUGGUUCUACCGAUGGUUUUUAAAUGGAUUAACAAGAUACGAGUUCAAACUGGAAUGGGCAAACAGCCAAAGGAAAGUCAAGCUUACAGAGCUCAGUGGGCCAAAGAUUAUCAAUUAGUGGCUUGGGGUAGUGAAGCUCUUUUCGCCGAGUAUCUUGAAAUGGUUUUGCAAUAUGGGUUUGUAACCAUCUUUGUGGCUGCUUUCCCUCUUGCGCCGCUCUUCGCGCUACUCAACAACGUACUUGAGAUGCGAUUGGAUGCUCGUAAGAUAUUGACUUUGCAUAGAAGACCAGUGGCUCAACGCGUGAAAGAUAUUGGGGUCUGGUACACCAUUCUCGACUGUCUUGGCAAACUGUCUGUGGCCACAAACGGGCUGAUCAUUGCGUUCACAUCCGAUUUUAUCCCUCGGCUGAUUUACACAUUGAAAUAUAGCCCAGAUCAUUCACUUGAAGGAUACGUCAACUACACUUUGUCUUAUUUCAAAACUUCCCACUUUAAUCAUACGCAACAAUUAUUUAACGGGACUGAGGUUGUGGAGGUUUGCAGGUACCGUGAUUUAAGGGAACCUCCUUGGAUCCGAAACAAUGAAUCUAACCCCAACCAGUAUGAGCUGACUGCCGACUUUUGGUACAUCCUAGCGGCACGUUUGACUUUCGUCCUAGUCUUCCAGAAUGCCGUUGCUCUCGUCACCAUGGCUAUCCACUGGAUUAUACCUGAUGUACCACGGAAGCUCUCUGAACGCAUACGCCAAGAAGCUUACUUUACCAAUGAAAUUAUUAUCAAGCAAGAAAUGAUUCGAGCUCGUGGAACAGUUCGUGGUGCCCAAGCUGCUAGGGGCGAUUCUACGGCACGGCUUCUUCGUCCGCGUUCUUACGUCGAACCCCAAAACGAACCAUCAUAUGAUGAUGGAGUAUUAUUCAAGCGCUCUAAAUCUUCAUGUCCUCGAAUAUCAUCUAGUAAAAAUAUUGAUGCCGUUUAAACUAAAUUUUGGCUAGUCCUUUUACUUCAAAAAAAGCCUUCAAUCUUCAAUGUUCCUUUUACUAUCUUAUCGUUCGCCUAUUUGUCGAAAGUUGAAAUUGUUAAGAGCUUCAUUUUAGUAUUUUUACUUUUUAAAUAAUUUUUAUGUGUGAUAACUUUUCCUUUUACACUUUAUUACCUUGUUCCCAAAUAUGUUAAUAACCGGUUGCUUGCUUUAUAGAUCUAACUAUUACGCUUUUGAAUCUUCAAUUUUGUAUCAUUGACUGCCUUUGCUCUCUCUAAAUGUGAUGAUUUAAACCCAUGUUUUGAGAAUUAUACUAAGGUAUACUAUAAAA